AUGGUCGAACCCUGUUUAGACUGUAACAAUAACAACUACUUCAAUAAUUUUUUACAAACUGUCGGUCGCCCACCGUUCAUUCCUCGGGACAACGAACCUGACGCGUCCUGUGACACAGCGUUCCGAUUUCAAAAUCACCAUUCUCCUCAUCACAACUCAUCCCUGACCGAGGACUCCGCGAGAGUAUCUGUUGGAACUAAUGGUUUCGGCAGUAUUGGAUCAAAUAAUGAGGAACCGUUCGUCGCUCUGCAUUUGCAGUCUGCCCCAAUCCCAGACCGGAUGUUUGUUCCUUGCAUUCGAUUUGCGACUCUGACUGGCCCUUCAGGUCCCGAUGAGCAUUUUCAUUCAAGCUUUUUACCUCUACCGCCACCACCACCACCUCCACCGCCGCCGCCACCACCCCCAUGUAAAGCGGUCCCAAGAAUGACUCCGCAAGUUCGAGUUAGCUAG